UGCUGGGCACUGAUGGGCGGCACUGCUGGGUAGCACCGAUGGGUAACACUGAUGGGUGGCACUGCUGGGCAGUACUGAUGGGUGGCACUGAUGGGGGGCACUGGUGUGUGGCACUGCUCAGCACUGGUGGGCGGCACUGCUGGGCACUGAUCAUCAGUGCCCUGAUGACCGGUGCCGAUCUGUUCUCUGACAAUUGCCGGUCAUCGGCAGGUCACUGAUCACCAGUGCCCUGAUGAUCGGUGCCCAGCAGUGCACCCACAGUU